GGGGUGGAAGGAGGCGGAGGAAGGCGUGGCGUGGUGACCCGGAAGCUGUCUCGCGCGCUGCACUCUGGGCCAUUUCUUCUUCCCAGGACACGUGGUGUGUCAGUCCCGUCGCAGAGUUCCGACGUUUCGCUUCCUCCUCCUCGACCUCUACUCGACUCAGUCGCCAUGGCAGAAGUCGUUGACCGGUUCAAGAACCGGUUACAGCAGCAGGAUCUGGAGAUCAGCCGUCUCUCGGCCGAGGUGUUGUCUCUGCGUGGGGCCGUGGUGGACGCCGGCGGCGCCUCCGGGUCGACCUGUGCUCCUCCUGGGGUGGAGCGUCUCCGCGAGGAGAACGGGAAGCUGCUGUACCGCCUCCGCCACCUCAAGCGGUGCCUGAGCGACGAGGUGAUGAAGCAACGGCCUCAGCCAAUCUCCUCCACCUCCUCCUCCACCUCCUCGUCCUCCGCCACCUCCUCCUCCACCUCCUCCUCGUCCCCGGCCACCGGCCCCCGCGGCGACCGCGAUGGUGGCGACGGUGCCGACGUGGACGGGGGGAUGGUGAACGUCGCCGCCCGGCUCUGCACUGCGUUUGCGAGCGCUGUGAGCGCCGCUUUCCCCGGCCUCGCCGUGCCGCCGGUAGCCAUCGCUCCCUCGAAGCCGCAGCAGCAGCAGCAGCAGCAGCAGCGGAUCGCCGAUUACCAGUGUAACAGCGCCAUGGCCAUCGCGCAGCUGCUGAAGGCUAAAGGUCAGAAGGUCAGCCCCAAGGACGUGGGGGCGGCCAUCGUGAGCCACCUCCCGGCCAGCGACCUCGUGGAGCACGUGGAGGUCGUGGGGCCAGGCUUCAUCAACGUGUACCUAGACACGGCGUUUCUGGCACGCCAGCUCACUCGCCUCCUCCUUCACGGAGUCAGCCCCCCCAACACAGGAGCCCGUAAGAAGGUCGUCAUUGACUUCUCGUCCCCGAACGUUGCCAAGGAGAUGCACGUGGGUCACCUCCGCUCCACCAUCAUCGGGGACAGCACCAGCCGCCUAUACGAGUUCCUGGGGCACGAAGUGCUGCGGCUGAACCACAUUGGCGAUUGGGGCACCCAGUUUGGGAUGCUGAUUGCUCACCUGGUGGACCGCUUCCCCAACUACACGGAGCAACCUCCACCCAUAGCUGACCUGCAGGCAUUCUAUAAGGAGUCGAAGCUGCGCUUUGACGAGGACCCGUCGUUCCGGAGCCGGGCCUACGAGUACGUCGUGCGGCUGCAGAGCAAGGAAGAGGCCAUCCUGCGGGGCUGGAGCCUCAUCUGUGACAUCUCACGACGAGAGUUCCAGAAGAUCUACGACUCUCUGGGCGUGCGACUUGAGGAACGGGGGGAGUCGUUCUACCAGAGCCUCAUGCAGGACGUGGUGGAGGAGCUCAAACAGAAAGGGCUGCUGCAGGAGGACGAGGGCCGCCUGGUGCUGUUUGCGCCGGGCUGCGCCGUGCCCCUCACCGUGGUCAAGUCGGACGGCGGCUUCACCUACGACACGUCAGACCUGGCCGCACUGAGACACCGCAUCCACACGGAGCGUGCCGACGUCAUCAUCUACGUCACUGAUAGUGGGCAGGCUUCCCACUUUGAGGCGGUGUUCUCUGCUGCCCGCCUGGCUGGCUGGUACCAGGAGGGGGGAGGGGUGCGCGUGGUGCACACCCCGUUCGGGGUCGUGCUCGGGGAGGACAGGAAGAAGUUCAAGACGCGCUCCGGCGAGACGGUUCGCUUGGCCGAGCUGCUGGACGAGGGCCUCCGUAGGGCCGGAGACAAACUACAGGAGAAGGGCAGACACCAGGUGCUGACGCCGGAGGAGCUGGAGGCUGCCCGGCGUGCGGUGGCGUUUGGCUGCAUCAAGUACGCCGACCUGGCCCACAGCCGCACCAACGACUACGUCUUCUCAUUCGCCAAGAUGCUGGAUGACCGCGGCAACACCGCCGUGUACCUGCUCUACGCGUACACUCGCAUACGCUCGAUAGCGCGAGUGGCUCACGUGGACCCGGCUCAGCUGCGCUCCGAGGCUCGCAGAGUUGGCGGCGUGGCUCUGGGCCACGCCAGCGAGCGCCGGCUGGCCCGUGCCAUCCUGCGCCUGCCCGAGGUGCUGGCCCGGACGGCGGACGACCUGCAGCUGCACACGCUGUGCGACUUCCUGUACGAGCUCGCAGGCACCUUCACCGACUUCUACGACGCCUGCUACUGCGUGGAGAAGGACCGCAGCACCGGUGAGGUGGUGAAGGUGAACAUGAGCCGCCUGCUGCUGUGUGAGGCCACCGCCAUGGUGAUGGAGACUUGCUUCCACAUCCUGGGACUCACGCCCGUGCAGCGCAUGUGACCCUUACUACAACGCCGAACACCGCGACCAAUCAGAGACACCGUUACUACAACCCCGAACACCGCGACCAAUCAGAGACACCGUUACUACAACCCCGAACACCGCGACCAACCAGAGACACCGUUACUACAACCCCGAACACCGCGACCAACCAGAGACACCGUUACUACAACCCCGAACACCGCGACCAAUCAGAGACACCGUUACUACAACCCCGAACACCGCGACCAAUCAGAGACACCGUUACUACAACCCCGAACACCGCGACCAACCAGAGACACCGUAACUACAACCCCGAACAACGCGACCAACCAGAGACACCGUUACUACAACGCCGAACACCGCGACCAACCAGAGACACCGUUACUACAACCCCGAACACCGCGACCAACCAGAGACACCGUUACUACAACCCCGAACACCGCGACCAACCAGAGAUACCGUUACUACAACCCCGAACACCGCUGCCAACCAGAGACACCGUUACUACAACCCCGAACACCGUGACCAAUCAGACACCGUUACUACAACCCCGAACACCGCGACCAACCAGGGACCCCGUUACUACAACCCCGAACACCGCGACCAAUUAGAGACCCUGUUACUACAACCCCGAACACCGCGACCAAUUAGAGACCCCGUUACUACAACGCUGAACACCGCGACCAAUCAGAAACACCGUUACUACAACCCCGAACACCGCGGCCAACCAGAGACACCGUUACUACAACCCCGAACACCGCGACCAACCAGAGACACCGUUACUACAACCUCGAACACCGCGACCAACCAGAGACACCGUUACUACAACCCCGAACACCGCGACCAAUCAGAGACACCGUUACUACAACCCCGAACACCGCGACCAACCAGGGACCCCGUUACUACAACUCCGAACACCGCGACCAAUUAGAGACCCCGUUACUUCAACCCCGAACACCGCGGCCAACCAGAGACACCGUUACUACAACCCCGAACACCGCGACCAAUCAGAGACCCCGUUACUACAACCCCGAACACCGCGGCCAACCAGAGACACCGUUACUACAACCCCGAACACCGCGACCAACCAGGGACCCCGUUACUACAACCCUGAACACCGCGACCAAUUAGAGACCCCGUUACUACAACCCCGAACACCGCGACCAACCAGAGACCCCGUUACUACAACCCCGAACACCG